AUGAAGUUUUCUGUCCUUACGAGUCUUCUCGCACUUGCUACUGCUACGUACGCGGCCAAAUGCACCAAUCCAUUAGUGAGAAAGGAAUGGCGCACACUCAAUCCGUUGGAGAAAUUUUCAUACCUUGCCGCUGUAAGAUGCCUUCAGUCUAUCCCCGCCAAGUCGAGGUCAAACAUUCCUGGUGCCUUGAGCCGGUUUGAUGACUUUUCUGGGACGCACAUUCUGCAGACCGACAAUAUUCAUUUCGUUGGUCAUUUCCAACCAUGGCAUCGAUACUUCGUCGCUACGUACGAGAAAGCUCUCAGGCAGGAGUGUGGGUACUUUGGGGCUCAGCCUUAUUGGGACUGGUCCCUUGAUGCUACGUCACCUGAAAAUUUUAUGAAAUCCCCCGUAUUUGAUUCCGUCCUUGGGUUCGGUGGUAACGGACCUUACACGGAAGAAGGUGUCGUUGCUGCUCCUUUCGAAAUCCCUGGACGUACAGGAGGUGGAUGCGUUAGAGACGGACCCUUUGCUCACCAAAGGCUCCAUGUUGGACCAGGAAACUCAGUCGCCCCCAACUCCUACUGCCUGACUCGUGAUUUCAGCCCCAUCAUCGUUAUGAGUGCUCUAAACACUUCCGUUGUCAAUAGAGUACUUUCUCAACCCGAUUUCAACAAUUUCGAUAUCGUUCUCCAGGGUGGCAUUACCCUUGAAACAUUCACAGUCCAUGCCGGAGGACAUUUGGGUGUCGGAGGGAAGUUUGGAACCAUUGCCGACGUCUAUUCCAGUCCUGGUGAUCCUCUCUUCUAUCUUCACCACGCCAACCUCGACCGUCUCUGGACAAAGUGGCAGUCAGCCAAUGCAUCUCGUCUCACUGACAUUUCUGGCCCUGUUUCGAAAUUCGGACCUCCGUUCGGCGACGCACCUAAUAGCCAGAAUGUCACCUUGAACUUUGGCAUCAACCUGGGCAAACUCGCCCCGGCCAUUACCGUUGGAGACGUUAUGAACACCCAGGGGAACACGCUCUGCUACAAAUAUGCUUCAUAA